UGGAGCACCCCCCACAGAGGACUGACUGGAUCUGGGGCUAUGAGCGAGGAAGAACCCCGGGCUCAUGCCAACAUCAGGAUGCCAGCCAGUGGCAGGAGGGACCUCACAGGGGGAGGGCAGUAGAGGAGGAAGCUACUCCCAGAUGCAGGGGAGCUGCCCACCCCCCCCCCCCCCACAAGAGCACCAUGUCUCUCACUCCCAGCCACGGGCCUGAGGUUUCAGGGUGCUUUGUCCUGCUCAACUGUCAAGGGCAGGCUGCCAUGCUGCUCCUCUCAUUGUCCUUGGCUGUCAGGGACAGUGGCCUGAGCCUCUUCUCAGAGUCUCCUGGGCUGCUGGAUGAACCUACAGACACCCACCCCAGACCAGUGACUAUUACCCCAAGUUUAGCCAGACAUUCUGUGAAGCCACUCAAAUUAGAACUCUCUGGCAUGCAGUUCAAGAUUGCUCAGGGAAGGAAAGAGAGUUGCCUGCAGGCUCCCCCUGCCUCCACAGCUCGUGCCCUGAGCCAUGAGCCAUGAGCCUUAGCCAGUUCUGUGGAAGCACAGGUGCUGGGGGCCUCACCGUGAAGCUCCAAAGAGUGAACACUGUGUCUCUGGCUUUGGGGAAGACUGUUAUUUCCACAGACUUUGCAGCUCCAAGUUAUUCCUUCCCAAGAGGAGAGCUCACUUCAGAAAGUGGCCCCUGGGCAUGAGGGAGCACCCACCAUUUGGCCCUGGGCCAGGUCAGGGCUUGGAAAGCCAAGCCCAGAGUCCAAGGACUCUCCUCCAUCUAUGGUGGCAUUCCCCUGGACAGGAUGGGAGGGCUAUGGCCCAGCAUCCCUCCCAUCCCACCCCUGUGGGUGCUCACAAAGAGGCCCUGCAGGGGUGCAGAAGGGCAGUCCCAGACCGUGGGUGCAGAAGCUUCUGACCAGAGGCUCUGCCAUUUGGAUGCCUUUUACCUGGACUGUAACACCCCCACGGCACUCUUACCCAGAGCCAACUUGAGGCCCAUCCCAUGGGCCUCUGCAUCUUGACAGCCAGGACCCCCACCUGACAUUGGGGGCAUCUGAGGUGGGAGGAGGAUGAAGGAGGAGAUCUGGAGCAACAGUCUGGAGCAUUCCUGAGCCACCCCCUCCCAGUCUGGGCCAUGCCCUCUGGCAGGUGGGAGGACAAUGCCGGCUGUGUGCCGUCACCCCUGCCCCACUCGCUCAAGAGGAGGGCCAUGGCGUGGCCCCAGCUCCAGCCUUGGCCUCUCCUGUGGUUCUCUCCCUCCCCACACAGCCCCUGCUAUCUGCCAUUUCCAUCCGUCCAGUAGGGUCUCCUUCCAGGCACAGACAACACCAAGGCUGCAGGCCCCAGGGCUGGUCAGCCCCAUAGUCCCCAGCAGCUCCUUGGGGCUACAGGGUGCCUGAAGCAGGGGACCAGCCACAGAGCCCCACGGUAGUGCUCCCAGCCCUGUCCCACCAUGGACUCCGCGUAUGAGAUGAGCCACAUUCGCAAGCUCCAGGCACAGCACAUGCGGAUGCAGGAGAAGACUUUCACCAACUGGAUCAACAACAUCUUCCAGCACGGCCGGGUGGGCAUCAAGAUCCAGAACCUGUACACAGAGCUGGCCGAUGGCACCCACCUACUGCGGCUGCUGGAACUCAUCUCAGGGGAGGCCCUGCCACCCCCCAGCCGGGGCCGCAUGCGAGUACACUUCCUGGAGAACAGCAGCCGAGCUCUGGCUUUCCUCAGGGCCAAGGUGCCAAUACCCCUCAUUGGGCCAGAGAACAUCGUGGAUGGAGACCAGACACUCAUCCUGGGACUCAUCUGGGUCAUCAUUCUGCGUUUCCAGAUUUCCCAAAUCUGCCUGGACAGGGAGGAGUUUGGGGCCAGCGCAGCCCUGCUGUCUGCCAAGGAAGCUCUGUUGGUCUGGUGCCAGCGGAAGACGGCCUGCUAUGCCAAUGUCAACAUCACCGACUUCUCCCGCAGCUGGAGUGACGGACUCGGCUUCAGUGCCCUUAUCCAUGCACACAGGCCAGACCUGCUUGACUACUGCUCCCUGCGCCCCGAGCGCCCACUACACAACCUCGACUUGGCUUUCCGCGUAGCUGAGCAGGAGCUGGGCAUUGCUCAACUGCUGGACCCCGAGGACGUGGCUGCUCUCCAGCCCGAUGAACGCUCCAUCAUGACCUACGUCUCCCUCUACUACCACCACUUCUCCCGCCUGCACCACGAGCAGACCAUCCAGAGGAGACUCGCUAAGAUCCUGCUUCAGCUCCAGGAGACAGAGGAGCUGCAGACCCAGUACGAGCAGCUGGUGGCCGACCUGCUGCGCUGGAUUGCGGAGAAGCAGGUGCAGCUGGAGGCACGGGAUUUCCCAGACUCCCUGCCUGCCAUGCGCCAGCUACUGGUGGCCUUUGCCUUCUUCCGCACCCAGGAGAAGCCACCACGGCUGCAGCAGCGAGGGGCCACAGAGGCCCUGCUCUUCCGGCUGCAGACGGCACUCCGAGCCCAGAAUCGCAGGCUCUUCCUGCCUCACGAGGGCCUGGGCCCCGCAGAGCUGUCCCAGCGCUGGGCAGUCCUGGAGCGGGCAGAGGCCUCAAGAAGCCAGGCCCUGCUGCGGAGGAUCCUACAGCUAGAGCGGCUGGAAACCCUGGCCCGGCGCUUCCAGCGCAAGGCAGCCCUCAGGGAGAACUUCCUGACAGACACAGAGCAAAUGUUGGACCAGGCCACAGCUGCCGCCCCACCAGCCAGCCUGGCCACAGUGGACGCAGCUGCCCAGAGACUGGGCAUGCUGGAGGCCAGCAUCCUGCCCCAGGAGGGGCGCUUCCAGGCCCUGGCCGAGAUCGCAGACAUCCUUCAGCAGGAGCAGCACCAUGGCUGGGCAGAUGUGGCCCGCAGGCAACUGGAGAUCACUGGGCGCUGGGAGCAACUCCUUCAGCGUCUCCAAGGGCAGAAGAAGCAGAUGGCAGGUCUGCAAGCUGUGCUGAGCCUGCUGCAGGAGGUGGAGACUGCCUCCAACCAGCUCAAGGAGCUACAGGUGCUGGCCAGCUCCACGGCCUGUGGGCAGCAGCUGGCUGAGACAGUGGAGCUCCUGCAGAAGCAUGACCUGCUGGAGGCCCAGGUCUCAGCCCACGGGGCCCAUGUGCGCCAUCUUGGCCUCCAGACCUCGCAGCGGGACUCCUCCCUGGGUACUACUGUGGAGGUGCUGCAGGCCAAGGCCCAGGCACUGGCCCAGCUUCACGGGAGCCUGGUGUCUCUUCUAAGGGCCCGGCGCACCUUGCUGGAGCAGACCCUGCAGCAGGCAGAGUUCCUGCACAACUGCGAGGAGGAGGAAACCUGGUUGAGGGAGCACGAACAGCUGGUGGAGGAUGAAGCCCUGGGCCGGGACCUUAGCCAGAUCAGAGCAGCCCUGCAGAAACACAAGGCCCUGGAAGCCGAGCUCCGCCACCACCAGGCCAUGUGCACUGAUCUCGUGCGGAGGGGAUGUGACCUGGGAGCCUGCGGGCACCCCACGCGGCCAGACCCCAGGGAGCGGGCCCAGGCACUGCAGGGCGCGUGGCAGCGGCUCCGGGUCUCCACAGCUAGGCGGGGCGCUCGGCUGCACGCGGCUAUGCUCGUCCAGGAGUACUUCAGUGAUGCGGCUGACGCGGCCUCGUGGCUGCGGGAGCAGCAGUCGGCUCUGCAGAGCGCGUCCCGCGGGCGGGACCAGACGGCCGCAGAGGCCCUGCUGCUGCACCACCAGCGACUGGAGCGUAGCCUGCACGCCUUCGGGACGGAGCUACGGCGAUUGGACGAGCAGGCACGGGCGGCCGCAACCCAAGUGUCGCUUACCGUACAACCAUUGGCCCCACCCUGCCAAGCCUCGUGUUUAGGGGAGUCCCCUCUGGACACACUGCCCUGUGUCCUGUCAGCACAGGUGGUAUCUGCCCUGAGCUCUCCAAAGGAAGGCCCGAGGAACCUCCGGACCUGGAGUGAGGUUUCCUGCCACUCUGGGCCCCCAAGCACUCAGAAGAUGGUCCUCUCCGCUGAGCUUGACCCUGACUUUGACCCUAACACCAUACUCCAGACACAGGACUGCUUGAACCAGGACUAUGAGGGCCUGGGGGCCCUGGCAAAGCACCGCAGAGCUCAGUUGGAGGAGGCAGUGGCCCUAUUUGGCUUCUAUGACUCAUGUGGAGAGCUGCAGUCAUGGCUGGAGAACCAGACCGCACUGCUCCAAAUGCUGCAGCCCCAGGCGGAUGACUUGGAAGCCACGCGGCUCAAGUAUAAGAACUUCCUCACUGCCCUGGCUGUGGGAAGGGGCUGCUUGACUGAGGUCAGCAGCUCUGCUGAGCAGCUGAAGCAGAGGUGUCCUGAAGAUGCCCCCAGAAUUCAGCAACAGCAGGAGGAACUGAGCCAGAGGUGGGGGCAGCUGGAAGCCCUGAAGAAAGAGAAGGAAAUGCAGCUGGCACGCACCACGGACGUGUGCAGUUUUCUGCACAAGUUCAGAUCCACACAGGUCCAACUGCGAGACCUGAUACUCCGGCUGGAAACCCUGGAGCUGGGGCAGUCAGAGGACAGCCACCGCGUCCUGCAGCUGGCCCAGCAGAAGAUGCCGGUACUGGAGAGAAGCGUGUACCACUUGCAGAGGAUCACCAUCAAAGCUGAAGAGGCGGGCCCCACAGAGAAUCAGUGCCUGAGAGGACAGGUGGAGACGCUGCAGGGGCUGCUGGAGCAGGUACAGCAGCACGUGGCCCGACAGGCCAGGGCCCAGGCCGAGGCACGGACACGGCAGAGCUUCCUACAGGACAGCCAGCAACUGCUGCUGUGGGCAGAGGGCGUCUGGGCUCAGCUGCACAGUGAAGAGAAGGCGGUGGACAUGGCCUCGGCCCAGAGGCUGCUGAUGGAGCACAGAGACCUUCUGGAGGAGAUACAGCUGCAGCAGGAGAGGCUGCAGCAGCUGGAGGCCCAGGGCCAGCCCAUUGCAGCCUCGGACUCUCCGGACUCCGAAGAGGUGGCCCGUGUUCUGAGGCUCCUGAGCCAGCGAGGCUGGGGACUGCAGGCCGCCUGGGAGCAGAGACGGCAGCAGCUGCAGGAGGGGCUGGAGCUGCAUAGAUUCGGCAGAGAUGUAGAUGACUUCACUGCCACUUGUGCCAGCCACGAGGCCUUCCUGCGGCAGGACCACCUUGGGGAGGAUGUGGGGAUGGCCCAGAGCCUGCUGCAGCAGCACCAAGAGUUUGGACACCUGCUGGGCAUCCUUGGGCCUCGAGCAGAGGCUCUGCGGGCACGUGGCGAGAAGCUGGCCCAGAGCCAACACCCUGCUGCGCGCAAGGUCAGAGAGCAGCUGCAGAGCAUCCAGGGACGGUGGACCGGGGUCCAGGAGAGGAGUGAGCAGAGGAAGAGGCAGCUGCUGGCCUCCCUCCAGCUCCAGGAAUGGAAACAGGAUGUGGCAGAGCUGAUGCUGUGGAUAGAGGAGAAGGGGCUGAUGGCAGCACAUGGGCCUUCCCAAGAGCCCAGCAACAUCCUGCAGCAACUCAAGCUGCACAGAGCAGCUGAGCGAGCACUGCUGGCCACCUACGGGCACAUGGAGGCCCUGCAGCAGGUUGGGAGACAGCUGUUGAGCAGCAGGCUCCAUGCCCAGGAAGAUGUGCAGGGAAGCCUCCAGGGCCUGAGUAACAAGUGGGAAGAGUUGAGGCACAAGAUGGCAGAGCGUGGGGACCAGCUCCAAAGAGCUAGGCAGCAGGCCCAGCUUCUGCAGCUGCUGCAGGAUGCCAAGGAGAAGAUGGAGCAGCUGGAGGGGGCUCUGCAGAGUGCAGAACCAGGGCAGGACCUGGGCUCAAGCCGGCGGCGACAGAAAGAGCACUGCCAACUGGAAAGCGAGAGCCAGGCGCUGGCCAGCAAGAUAGCUGCCCUCGUCGCCCAGGCAGAGCGGGGACUCACCUCCCAGACCGUCACGGAAGAGACCCAGAAGUACCUGCAGAGAUUCGAGUCCCUGCAGGAACAUCUGGCCACUCGGCACGUACAGCUGCAGGCCUCACUUGAGCUGUACCGGUUCUACCAGCUGAGCGACCUGGAGUUCACUUGGGUGGCUGAGCACAUGCCCAGAGCCAGCUCCACCAGCUCCACCGGAUGCUUGAAUGAUGCUCAGAGACUUUGCCACAAGCAUGAGGUGCUCCAGGCAGAGGUGAAAGCCCACCAGGGACAGGUGCAAUGGGUGCUGGGUUCUGGACGGAGUCUCGCAGCCUCGGGUCACCCCCAAGCCCAGCGCGUCAUGGAGCAGUGCCAGAAGCUGGAAGGCCUCUGGGCAGAGCUGGAGCGGACAUGUGAGGUGCAGGCCCAGUGCCUACAGCAGGCUGUUGCUGUCCAGCAGUAUUUUCUGGCUGCAUCAGAGCUGGAGGACUGGGUGAAGGAGAAAUGGCCACUGGUGAGCAGUCAGGACUAUGGUGGAGACAAGGCAGCCACUUCCAGGCUCAUUGGGAAGCACCAGGCCCUACAGCAGGAGCUGGUUCUUUAUUGGAGCUCCAUGGAGAAGCUUGACCAGCAGGCCCACACCCUCACUGGCCCCGGGGCCCCUGAGCAGCUGGAAGUGGUGCGGGAGAGGCUUCGGGAGCAGCUGCAGGCGCUGCAGGCGUUGGCAAUCACACGGGGCCGGGAGCUGGAGGGGACUCUGAAGCUGCAUGAGUUCAUGGGAGAGGCCGAGGAGCUAUGGAGCUGGCUGGCUAGCCAGAAGCAGGUGGCCAGGGAAGGGGAGAGCCUCGGAGAAGACCAUGAGCACGUCCUGCACCUCCACACCAAGUUUGCAAAGUUUCAGCGCCAAGUAGAGUUGGGUGGCCAGCGGGUGGCAACCUGCCAGCAGCUGGUAGAGAGCCUGCUGGAGCUUGGGCAUCGUGCUGCCCCCGACGCCCACCAGAGGCAGCAGGACCUGCAAGCUUCCUGGUCAGAGCUGCGGGAGCUGACCCAGGCCCAGGGCCACCGGCUCCAAGAUGCCGAGGUCACCCUCAGAGUUCACAGAGAUCUGUCGGAAGCCCUCAGGCAGGUCCAGGAGAAGACCACAAGCCUCCCCAAUGAUGUGGCCUCAGACCUGCGUGGGCUGGAGGCCCAGCUGAGGAGACACGAGGAGCUGGAGCAUGAGCUCCUGAGCACUGGGCGGCAGCUGCAGGAACUGCUGGAGACUGCGAGCAGGGUACAGAAGCUGGGUAGGGGACCCCAGGCCCAUGCGGUGCAGCAGAGGCAGCAGGCUCUGGUGAAGUCCUGGGAGGCCCUGAAGCUAUACUCGGAGCAGCGCAGGACUCAGCUGCAGCGGGCGUGCCUCCUGGCCCGUUUCCACAGAUCAGUGCAGGAAUACACCUCCUGGGUGGCCAGAGCGUGGCAGGAGCUGCAGGGAGAGGAGAGCUCCAGGGAGCCCAGCAGUGGCCUUCUAAAACUCGUCGCCCACCAACAGCUUCGGGCAGAGCUGGAAGCCCGGGAUGAACUGCACCAGAGGGCCUCCAAGCUGGGCCAGCAGGUGCUUCUGGCUGCAGGGACACCCAUCAAGGAGGUCCAGGAAAUGCUGCAAGGCCUGCAGGAUGAGCGGGAACAGAUGUUCCAGGCCUGGGAGCAGAAGGAAAAGAAACUACAAGCCAUGUACCAGGAGCAGAUCUUCCUCAGGAAGUGUACCCUCCUAGAUCAGAUCCUCACAGCCCAAGAGGUCUCCCUGAAAACCAGUGCCCUGGGGAGCUCAGUGGAAGAGGCAGAGCAGUUGGUGCACAAACACAAGAUCUUCCAGAAAGUUCUGACUGCCCAAGAUGAGCAGGAGGCAGCUCUGUGUGAGCAGGCGAAGACCCUUGGGGGUCCCAAGGUGCAGGAUGGGCUCCGCACAGUGCUAGAGCAUCGGGCUCGAGUGAAGGACCUGGCGGAGAGCCGGGGUCGUGCCUUGCACACCUCUCUGCUGCUGACUGGCUUCACCACGGCCGUGACCCAGGCUCAGGUCUGGAUCCAGGAGCGAGUCCAGCAGCUGAAAGAGCCAAUCCGUCCCGGGGACCUGAAAGAUAACUUGAGACAUCUGAGGAAACACCAGGCCUUUGAGGCUGAAGUCCAGGCCCACGAGGAGGUGAUAAUCUCUGUUACCAAGGAUGGCGAGGCUCUCGUGGCACAGAGCCACCCUCAGGUAGGAGAAGUCUCCCAGAGGCUGUGGGUCCUGCAGGAACACUGGCAGAAGCUAAGGCAGGCAGUGGCUCUUCGGGGCCAGGACCUGGAGAACAAACGGAACUUCCUGGAGUUUCUGCAGAAAGCAGACCUUGCAGAUGCCUGGAUCCAGGAGACGGAGGCGAUGGUGGACAUGGGCGACCUGGGCCGGGACCUUGAGCACUGUCUGCAGCUCCGCAAGCAACUCCGCAAGCUCCGAGGAGUCUGGGCCCAGGACACAGUGGAUGACACCCACAUCAGGAGCAUCAAUGACUUGUCCCGGAAGCUCCAGAACCUGUGCCCUGAGCAAGUCAAGACCGUCUGCCAGCGGCGACACCAGCUGAACAACAGGUGGAAGAGUUUCCAUGACAACCUACUCCGGUACCAGCAGCAGCUUGAAGGGGCCCUGGAGACACACACAUUGUCGGGAAAGCUGGAUGACCUCACUGAGCGGAUUGGGGAAAAGGCCGCCCUGGUCCAGGCCCUGGACUGUGGGAAAGAUCCGGAGAGCGUGCAGAGGCUGAUAUGGAAACACAAGGAGUUGGAGCAGGAAAUGGGCCUCAUCCAGGCCCAGGUGGAGUCCCUAGAGUGUGAGGUGGGCCGCCUCUGCCAGAGAAGCCCUGGGGCAGCCCAUAGCCUCAGCCACAAGCAGAGGGAGAUGACGGACAGUUGGUGGCAGCUCCGGAGUGGGGCCCAGAAGCGGAAGGAGUCACUGGAUGCCUUGCACCAAGCCCAGAAACUGCAAGCCGCGCUACAGCACUUUCUGGUCUGGGCCCGGAGGCUGCGGGCUGAGAUGGAUGCCCAAAGCCCCCCCCGCAGCCCUGCAGAGGCCCGGCGCAUGAUAGCGGGGCACUGGGAGCUCAAGGCCGAGCUGGACUCCCAGAGAGACAGCUUCAGCCUGGCCCGAAGCACUGGGCAGCGACUGCUUGCAGAUGGGCACCCAUCCACCCCCGACAUCCUCCAGGCCCUGGCUGGUUUAGACCAGGAGCUGAACACCCUGGAGAGGGCCUGGCAGGGGCACCAGCACCAGCUGCAGCAGGCCUUGGAGCUCCAGCUGGUUCUGAGUUCUAUGGAGCAGGUGGAAAUUUGGCUCUGCAGCCGGGAGGACUGCCCAGCUAGUGAGGUUCUGGGGGACCCUUCGGCCAAUGUGGAGACCCUCCUGUGGAAGCACAAGGUGCUUGAGCGGGGUCUGGAGGCACAGGCUGAAAAGAUCAGUGCCCUGGAGGCGGCAGCCCACAGCCUGCAGCGGGGUGGGCACCCAGAGGCGCAGAGGGCCCUGGGCCAGUGCCAGGCCCUGCUCCUGAGGAAAGAGGCGCUCAUAGAGCGAGCCGCGAGCCGUCGCCGCCAGCUGGAGGAGCUCGGGCAACUGCAGACUUUCCUGCAGGACUCCUUGGAGGUGGCCAUGUGGCUGAGGGAGAAGGACUCGGUGGCCCUGGAUGAGGGCUGGAGGAACCCAGCUCUGCUGCAGACACAGCUGUGGAAGCAGAAGAGUCUCCAGGCUGAGCUCGACGCAAGUGUCCACCACCAACAAAGGCUGCAGGUGGAGGGGCAGAGGCUGCUGCAGGAGGGCCACCCAGCCUCAGAGACCAUCCGGGAACGGCUGCAGGAGCUGGGAGAGCUCUGGGACAGGCUGCAGGCCAACAGCCGGAGGAAGGCGGCCACACUUCAGGAAGCUUGCGAGGCCCUGCGUCUCCGGCGGAGUGUGGAAGAACUGGAGAGCUGGCUGGAGCCUGUGGAGGUCACGCUGAGAGCCCCCAUCCCGGGCCGGGACCAGCCCGGGUUGGACGAGCUCCUGGGGGCUCAGGGCGGGCUGGAGGCGGCAGUAGACAGGCAGGCCGGGCAGGUGCAGCUACUGCUGGGCCAGGCUCAGGUCUUGACACGGGAAGGCCACUGCCUCGCCCCAGAUCUGGAAGACCGGGCCCAGAAGCUGCUGCGGAGGUUUGAGAGCCUUCAGGAGCCCCUGCGGGAGCGCAGAGAGGCCCUGGAGGCUCGGAGCCGCCUCUCGCAGUUCUUCAGGGAUGCUGAAGAAGAGAUGGCAUGGGUGCAGGAGAGGCUGCCUCUGGCCGCCACCCAGGACUGCGGGCAGAGUCUGAGCGCCGUGUGGCACCUGCAAGAGAAGCACCAGAACCUGGAGAGUGAGAUCAGCAGCCACGAGUCCCUGACUCAGGCCGUGGUGGACGCAGGACACAAGCUAGUGCGGGCUGGGCACUCGGCCUGUGACGUGGCUGUCCGGGUACAGCAGCUGGAGAAUGCCAUGGGCUCCCUGCGGGCACAGGUGACACAGAGGCGGCUGCUGCUACAGCAGGCUCAGGAGGCCCAGCAGUUCCUGACAGAGCUCCAGGAGGCAGAAUCCUGGCUGGAAGAGCAGGGCCGUGUCCUGGACAUCGAGGAUGUGGGCCAGAGUGCCGAGGCCACGCGCGCCUUUCUGCGGCAGCUGGAGGCCACCACGAGGGACCUAGAGGGCUUCAGCGUGAGAAUUGAGAGGCUACAGCAGACAGCAGCUCUCCUUGAGAGCAGACAGAACCCAGAAAGCCCCAGGGUGCUGGCCUGGAUGCGGGCAGCGAGGGAGGCCCACUCGGGGCUGCUGCAGAGGGUGGAAGGCAGGCGGCAGGGUCUGCAGGAGCAGCUACAGCUCCACCAGCUGGAACGGGAGGCCCUGCUCCUCGACGCCUGGCUGGCCAGCAAGGUGGCCACCGCUGAGUCCCAGGACCACGGGCAGGACCUGGAGGCUGCCAAGGUGCUGGAAGAGAAGUUUGAUGCUUUCAGAAACGAAGUUCAGAGCCUGGGCCAGGCUAAGGUGCAGGCCCUGAGGGAGCUGGCAGGCUCCCUGGAGCGGACAGCACGCAGGCACAAGCCUCAGAUUCAAGCCCAGAGGAGUCGCAUCGAGGCGACUUGGGAGAGGCUGGACAGGGCAAUGAAAGCCCGCACACAGAGCCUGGCCACAGCCUGUGAAGUUCUUGGCUUUGAGCAGGAAGUGGCCCAGCUCCAGGGCUGGAUGCAGGAGAAGGUCACCCUGAUGGCGAGAGACAUCUGUGGCCACAGUCUGUCAUCGGUGCAGACCUUACAGCAACAGCACAGGUGUCUGGAGAGGGAGCUGGCAGCUAUGGAGAAGGAGGUGGCCCGGAUGCGGAUGGAGGCCUGCAGACUGGGCCAGCUAUACCCUGUGGUUCGGGUGGGCCUGUCUGAGCAGGUGGCCAAGAUGGAAGAUGCCUGGGCCACCCUGGACGUGAAGGCCCAGGAGCAGGGUCAGCAGCUGGAGCAGGCCGCCCGGGGCCAUGCCUUCCUCGGCCGCUGUAGGGAACUGCUAGCAUGGGCUCAGGAGAAGCAGGUUCUGGCUUCAUCACAGGAGCUGGCUGGGGACCUGGUGGGGGCCGAGCAGCUCUUGGUGCAGCAGGAAGAGCUGGGGCAAGAAAUCAAGGAAUAUUGCCUUCGGGCCCAGGACAUACGGCAGGAAGGACAGCAGCUGGUGGACAGUGGCCACUUCAUGUCCCCCGAGGUGACAGGGUGUCUGCGGGAGCUGGAAGGGCAGCUGCAGGCACUGGCGGAGGCCUGCGCCCUACGCCAGGAGCGCUGCGAGGAGAACUGGGGCCUGCAGAAGCUGCGGCAGGAGCUGGACCAGGCCGAGGCCUGGCUGGCCUCCCGAGAGGGCCUGCUGCUGGACCCCAACUGCGGGCACUCGGUGGCUGAUGUGGAGCUGCUGCUCCAUGGACACCAUGACUUAGAAAAGUCACUGGCAGCCCAGCAAGAGAAGUUUGCCCAACUGCAGAGGGAGACAGGGGUGGAACAGAAGCUGCUGCAGCAGGGGACAGGGCUGAAACCCAGGAGUGCUGGCCACCAGUUUACCUCCCUCCAGCAUAGGCCUCUCGGAAGCUGGGGGCCAGUACAGCUGGCUGAGACAAGGGACCUGCAGCCAGGUGUCCCCAUUGGGUCACACACACCCUUGGCCACCACUCUUUUCCUGGAAUGUGCAGCCAGGCAGCAGGAGCCCAGUGGGGCUGGGGCUGUAGGGGAUGCAAAGGGUGCCCCCACCAUGGAAGGAUUUUUGGAGCUCAAGCAGCAAUGGCCUGCAGAGAGGCAGCCCAGCUCAAGCCCCUGGGAUUGCUGCUGUGGGACCCUGGGGGGCAGUUCCCUGAGCCUCUUCUGGGAUAAGAAGACUGCAGCAGAAGUACUGGGCAGUGGAAUACAGGCAAGGCAGAAGACAGAGAGGCCCAUGGAGAAGAGUGGACAUGGCCAUUGUGACCCCUCUCACCUCUCUUCUCAGAACGUGGCCCCCAUGGACACCCUUGAUCUCACAGGAGCCCAGUGUGAGAGGCUGAGCAGGCUGAGCAGUGGGGUGGAGAUCCCGUAUGCAGCACCAUCAGAACAGCAUGCCUGGAGCUGGCAUCGAGCCCUGAGUGGCACGGCAGUUCUGGAAGCUGGGAAGUCCAACAGCAAGGCACCAGCCGACUGCAUGUCUGCCCACUGUCUGAGCCUGGAGCACCGAGCCAGACCUCUGGGCUUCACUGUUGAGCCCACUGCUGAGAGGGCGCCCAAGACAGCCGCCUCGCUCAGCUUCCAAGGCUGGCCCCUGACCACCUCAGUGAGGGAACCGCAUGUGAGUGCUGACGGUCAGCUGCAGCCCAUGGAGUUGCUGCAGGCUGCUGGCCUUGCCCAGGAACCUGCCCAAGGCUCCCACCGCCUUUCCUGCCCAGGCCAAGCCCAAGGUCUGGGCCCUGAAGCAAACCCUGAGAUGGCACCAAACCUCGAGGCUACAAACAAGGACAGCCUCUAGGGGAACAGAAUGAGACGGUGCUGCCAGGCCCCUCAGGACCAAAUUCUGGAACAGACGGUUCCUUGUU